AUGGCCUCCCCUGCCCCCGCCGGCGCAGCCAGUGCCGCCGCCUCACCGUCGCCGCCGAUGCAGCUGUCGUCGCCGUUCGCGGAGCUCGUCAAGGGCCCCUCCGGCCUCGAGAAGAUCGUGCUUCGCGGCGCUCGCAACUGCUGUGCCGAGAUCUAUCUUUAUGGAGGUCAAGUAACAUCAUGGAAGAAUGACAAUGGGGAAGAGCUGCUUUUUCUCAGCAGCAAGGCUAUUUUCAAACCUCCAAAAGCUAUUCGUGGUGGUAUACCAGUCUGCUUUCCCCAAUUUGGAACACAUGGAAAUCUUGAACAACAUGGAUUCGCUAGGAACCGGUUUUGGACUAUUGACAACAACCCACCUCCUUUACCAGUAAACCCUGCUAUUAAAGCUUUUGUUGAUCUGAUUCUGAAGCCUUCUGAAGAGGAUUUAAAGAUCUGGCCUCACAGUUUUGAAUUUCGCUUGAGAGUUGCUCUUGGACCUUCUGGAGAUUUGAGUCUCACAUCACGAAUCAGGAAUACCAACACAGAUGGAAGACCUUUCUCUUAUACGUUUGCAUAUCACACAUACUUCUCUGUCUCUGACAUAAGUGAGGUGCGUGUCGAAGGACUGGAAACAAUGGACUACCUUGACAACUUGAAGGCAAAGGAGCGUUUCACAGAGCAAGGCGAUGCUAUUGUUUUUGAAUCAGAAGUUGAUAAAGUUUAUCUUGCCGCACCCUCCAAAAUUGCUAUCAUUGAUCAUGAGAAGAAAAGAACAUUUGUCGUGACAAAAGAAGGGCUCCCUGAUGCUGUUGUUUGGAACCCUUGGGACAAGAAGGCAAAAGCAAUGCAAGAUUUUGGGGAUGCAGAAUACAAGAGCAUGCUGUGUGUGGAGCCUGCAGCUGUUGAGAGGCCUAUUACUCUGAAACCUGGUGAAGAGUGGAAAGGAAGGCUUGUGCUCUCAGCGGUUCCUUCGAGUUACUGUAGUGGACAGUUAGAUCCAUUGAAGGUCCUUCAGGGUUGA